AUGGUGGCUCAGAAUCAAGACUCUCACACCAAUACAAAGGACUCUCACACUAAUACAAAGGACUCACACACUAAUACAAAGGACUCUCAAACCAAAACAAAGGACUCUCACACUAAUACAAAGGACUCUCACACCAAUACAAAGGACUCUCACACUAAUACAAAGGGCUCUCACACUAAUACAAAGGACUCUCACACCAAUACAAAGGACUCUCACACCAAUACAAAGGACUCUCACACCAAUACAAAGGACUCUCACACCAAUACAAAGGACUCUCACACCAAUACAAAGGACUCUCACACCAAUACAAAGGACUCUCACACCAAUACAAAGGACUCUCACACCAAUACAAAGGACUCUCACACCAAUACAAAGGACUCUCACACCAAUACAAAGGACUCUCACACCAAUACAAAGGACUCUCACACCAAUACAAAGGACUCUCACACCAAUACAAAGGACUCUCACACCAAUACAAAGGACUCUCACACCAAUACAAAGGACUCUCACACCAAUACAAAGGACUCUCACACCAAUACAAAGGACUCUCACACCAAUACAAAGGACUCUCACACCAAUACAAAGGACUCUCACACCAAUACAAAGGACUCUCACACCAAUACAAAGGACUCUCACACCAAUACAAAGGACUCACACCAAUACAAAGGACUCUCACACCAAUACAAAGGACUCUCACACCAAUACAAAGGACUCUCACACCAAUACAAAGGACUCACACCAAUACAAAGGACUCUCACACCAAUACAAAGGACUCACACCAAUACAAAUGACUCUCACACUAAUACAAAGGACUCUCACACUAAUACAAAUGACUCUCAAACCAAUACAAAUGACUCUCACACCAAUACAAAGGACUCUCACACUAAUACAAAGGACUCUCACACCAUUACAAAGGACUCUCACACCAAUACAAAUGACUCUCACACCAAUACAAAUGACUCUCACACCAAUACAAAGGUCUCACACCAAUACAAAGGACUCUCAUACCAAUACAAAGGACUCUCACACUAA